AUGUCAGCCUCAGUACCCCGAAAUUACAUUCCCAUUGACGAGCCGCUCAUCGAUUACAUAAAACAACACGUGUUGGUGAAGAGUACUCCAGCGCAGCAGUACUUUCAGGUCAUCAAGGACCAUGGUCCUCUCCCGCCGAACUACAACAUCAGCCUCGCAAAACCGAGGAGAAAAUCCAAAGUGGCCCCCGCAUAUAAAGGCCCAUACUUUCUUGAGAAUUCGAUUGCUCCGGGAACGCGCAACGUAGGAUCUUGGAAUCAUCCCUGCUCUCCAGCUGAAUCUCACCUGCGGCCUACCUUCCACCCCGAACCCAUCGACGAGCGAGAGUACAUAACUGGAACGUAUCACCCGCCGAUGCCCACAUACAAGGCGGGAAAGCUGAUAUGGAAGCAUCAUGAUAGUUGGGAGUCAGCCAUUUCCGAUUGUCUGAACGCAACGGGCGUGAAGGAUUUCACCGGAGCACAAUUUACGGAGGCCUUGGUCAGGCAGCGAGACCAGAGACUGGACGAGCUGGCAGUCAAAGACUCUCAAUUCCACAUGAAAGAUACCCUAUAUCACCCCUCAGAUCGCGGCACUGCAAUCUUUGAGAACGAACCUAACGCCGCACGCCUCGCUAAGCAACUUGGUCGAAACCUCGUUGUCCUAUGUCCCCUCACACCGGCAAGCGGGCCAGGGUGGAAUCGAUUCUGGCAUCGCUCUAACCGCCCACCUAUUCGUUACCGCUGGAGUGUUGGAGAGCAGGCCUGCGACAAGUUUAUGGUGGUGGCUUGUCUUCCGAAGUACGUCGAAGGAAGCAUGUCAAAAGAAGCCUACUGGUUCACUGUGACGCCCGCUACCGACAGCAAGGCAACUUGGGACAGCCACAUGAAGCGUAGCCGCGAUUUUGGACAGCUGAAGAAGGCUUUCCACUUCCCUCCGAGCCUCUCAACUGAAAAGUUCAUUUGGACUCUUGUCGCUGCCCAUAGAACGUACGCCAACAACCGGCUCCCUCGAGACACAGAUCUUGGACGCUGGAUUCACCAAUACGGACAAUACAUCCUCUAUUAUAUACAGCCAGAUGUCAUGAAUAAGGUUGGUUUCAAGCUCGACACGAAGUCAAAGUACGAGGGUCGGCGGAUCAGCUUCCAAGAACUUGGUGCGUGGAUAUUGAACAGCGGUGCCUCAUUGAAGUACGUUCGAUUGUGGGAGAAAGAGAAUAAAGCACUUGUGUUAUACUGGAUCAAGAAGACGGAAGAGGCGUGGAAGACUUUCAGCAAAUACAAAGAGGCUGCCAGCAUGCUUCCUGAAUAA